CGUCACGCCGCGGUGAAGAUGGCGGCGGGCCCGGGUCGGGAGCUGUGAGCGCCCCGGGCCCGCCAACAUGAGCUGCUCGGCGGACGCCGUGAAGGACAAGCUGCUGUGGAACGUGAAGAAGGAGGUAAAACAGAUCAUGGAAGAAGCUGUCACCCGGAAGUUUGUACAUGAAGACAGCAGUCACAUCAUCGCCUUAUGUGGUGUGGUGGAGGCGUGUCUCCUGCACAUGCUGAAGCGCAGGGCUGCCGGCUUCCUGCGCACCGACAAGGUGGCCGCGCUCUUCACCAAGGUGGGCAAGACCUGUGCCGUAGCUGGAGACGUGUGCAAGAAGGUGCAGGAGCUGCAGCAGCAGGUAGAGAGCAGGAAAAAUCAGCCAAAUGGGCAGGAACCCCUCAAAAGGCAGGGAUCAACCACAAACAAAACACCUGUCCUGACACCUCAGGCCAUCAAACACAUCUGGGUUCGGACAGCCUUGAUUGAGAAGGUGCUGGACAAGAUUGUGCAGUACAUUGUUGAUAACUGCAGUAAAUACUAUGAAAAGGAAGCUUUACUGGCAGAUCCUGUUUGUGGCCCAAUACUGGCUUCUCUGCUAGUUGGACCGUGUGCUCUGGAGUACACCAAGCUAAAGACAGCUGACCAUUACUGGACAGACCCCUCGGCCGACGAGCUGGUGCAGCGGCACCGGAUCCACGGCGCACACGGCCGCCAGGACUCCCCCUCCAAGCGCCCAGCCCUGGGAAUCCGGAAGCGCCACUCCAGCGGCAGCGCGUCGGAAGAUCGCUUCGCCGCUUCGGCGCGCGAGUACGUGGAGUCCCUGCACCAGAACUCCCGCACGCACCUGCUCUACGGCAAGAACAACGUCCUGGUGCAGCCGAAAGAUGACUUGGAGGCAAUUCCUGGGUAUCUCUCCCUUCAUCAAUCAGCAGAUAAUUUGACAUUAAAAUGGACUCCAAACCAGCUGAUGAAUGGAACCCUUGGAGAUUCAGAACUGGAGAAAAGUGUUUACUGGGACUACGCAUUGAUUGUGCCACUGAGCCAGAUCGUCUGCAUCCACUGCCAUCAGCAACCAGAAAGCAGAUGGACACUAGUGCUCGUGAGUCAGGACGGGACCCAGAGGCCUCCGCUGCACUUCCCCCAAGGAGGGCACCUCCUCGCCUUCCUGUCCUGUCUGGAAAAUGGGCUCCUGCCCCGUGGCCAGCUGGAGCCCCCGCUGUGGUCCCAGCAGGGCAAGGGCAAGGUGUUUCCAAAGCUUCGAAAACGGAACAGCAACAGAUCAGUGGACCUGGAAGACAUGCCAGCUGAGGACACAUCCACGGACUAUGUCUUCAGAAUUAUUUAUCCUGGACACAAGCAUGAUAACAUAACUAUUAACUACCACCACUUAGCUGCCAGCCGCUCUACCUCUGUUGACGAUGAUGAGGAGGAGGAAGAUAAGCUACACGCAAUGCUAUCAAUGAUCUGCUCUCGGAACCUCACAGCUCCUAAUAGGAUGAAAGACACCGGUGAGAUGAUAGAGAUGCAAGGCUUUGGGGCAAACCUGCUGUCGUGGCAGCUGGAGCACUGCAGCCAGGGCUCCUCCUGUAUCUCCUGUUCCAUGGGCAGCUCUCCCUACGACGUUCCCAGCUGCUGCAACUGCAUCCGUGACCGAACUCCACUAAAGAUGUUGUGUGAAAGCAUGAAGAGGCAGAUCAUUUCCAGAGCCUUUUAUGGAUGGCUGGCGCACUGCCGGCACCUGUCCACGGUGCGCACGCACCUCUCGGCGCUGGUCAACCACAGCAUCGUGCCCCCCGACAGACCCGCCAGCGCCGCCGCCGGCCUCACCAAGGAGGUCUGGAGCAAGUACCAGAAGGACAAGAAGAACUACAAGGAACUGGAAUUACUAAGAAGAGUUUACUAUGGUGGGGUCCAGCACGAGAUUCGGAAGGAAGUGUGGCCAUUCUUGUUAGGUCACUACAAAUUUGGCAUGGCCAAGAAGGAGAUGGACCAGGUGGAUGCAGACAUUGCUCUAAGGUACCAGAAGGUGAUGGCUGAGUGGAAGGCCUGCGAGGUCAUUGUGAAGCAGCGAGAGAAGGAGUCGCAUUCAGCCACGCUGGCCAAGUUUUCAUCGGGCAGCAGCAUUGACAGCCACGUCCAGAGGCUCAUCCACAGGGACUCCACCAUCAGCAAUGAUGUGUUUAUCUCCGUGGAUGAAACGGACGCGCUGGAGCAGGACCCCAAGGGGCAGGAGGACCCCGCGCUGACGGCGGCGCCGGCCCCCGCGGCUGUGGAGUUCGACUCGCCCGACUCGGGGCUGCCGUCCUCCAGGAACUACUCGGUGGCCUCGGGAAUCCUGUCCAGCAUCGACGACGGGCAGGGCGGCUCCUUCGAGGACGGGGCUGAGGAAGAAGGCGGCACCGAGGCGGGAAGGACUGAGGCGGGCACAGCCCGCGUGCAGAGAGCCAGGGCAGGGCCGCUGCAGUCCCAGGACUCUGUCUCCGAGGAGCAGCUGUGUUCCCAGGUGGAUUAUUUAGUGGAUGUCGCCUCUGUCUGCGCUGCGUCCUACACAAUAGAGUUAUUGGACACUGUUGCCUUAAAUUUGCACAGAAUUGAUAAAGAUGUCCAGAGAUGUGACCGGAAUUACUGGUAUUUUACUGCUGAGAAUCUGGAGAAGCUCCGAAAUGUCAUGUGCAGCUAUGUCUGGGAGCACCUAGAAGUUGGUUAUGUCCAAGGCAUGUGUGACCUCCUGGCUCCUUUGAUGGUUAUUCUUGACAAUGAUCAGCUGGCCUACAGCUGCUUCAGCCACCUGAUGAAGAGGAUGAGCCAGAACUUCCCCAAUGGAGGUGCCAUGGACACACACUUUGCCAACAUGCGCUCCCUCAUCCAGAUUCUGGACUCAGAACUUUUUGAAUUGAUGCACCAGAAUGGAGAUUACACUCAUUUUUACUUCUGCUAUCGCUGGUUCCUGCUUGACUUUAAAAGAGAAUUGUUGUACGAGGAUGUAUUUACAGUGUGGGAAGUUAUUUGGGCAGCAAAGCACAUCUCUUCAGAACAUUUUGUCCUUUUCAUUGCCUUAGCACUUGUGGAAGUUUAUCGAGAGAUAAUCCGUGAUAACAACAUGGACUUCACUGAUAUCAUCAAGUUUUUUAAUGAAAUGGCUGAGCACCACGAUGCUGCAGAGAUCCUGAGGAUAGCCAGAGACCUCGUCUACAAAGUGCAGACCCUGAUUGAGAACAAGUGACCAUGGACAGGCUGUCCCUGGGCCUUGCUGUGAGCCACUGGAUGGAGCAUUCCUUGCACUGUAAUUCCAAAUGGUGUUUUAAUUAAUUGCAUCUUCCAUGUAAUGUAAUAAAUAGUGAGGAGAUGGUAACAGACUUUUAAAACCCGAACUCUCCCUUCACCAGAUGAGGUUGGUGUUUGAUAGUCCUUGUUACACUCACUUUGUAUUUCUAGACAAAAUCUUUUUGCAUUCUGUUUCCCUCUCUAGAAGACAUCUGUCCAUAUCUUUGCGAUGUUGGAAGGGGGGAUUUGACAAACUGCAACAUUUCUAUUUUGACUUACUGCACCUGUAAAGCCUGGAUGCACCUGUGUGCUCUGCCAGCCGCUGCCAUGGAGGCAAGGCCGGGCCCACUGCUGCAAGCAUUGGAUUGAGUCCUUGGAGGAGCAUGGUCCUGGACUCACUGUCUUUGCCUUGAACAUGGAAGAGAACGUGUCUGAGCUCAUGUUGUUAAAACAUUUGGGUUUGUAUUUAGCAGGGAUUAAAGCUGAUAAGGUUCCUGGCUGGGAGAAUGGCCUUAACUUAAAUGCCACAGUUCAUGGGAGCAGUGAUGAGCUCAUGAGCUAAAACACCAAUUUGGCCUUGGCUGAGUGGCUCACGCCACUCAGCCUGCACGGCCCACACAGACCUGCCUUGGUUUUACUCUGCAAACUGACCCGUGACCACUCCCAGCUGCCAGGCCCUGCUCCGUCUUGCUCAGGUGAGCAGGUGCAGCACAUGGACAGGACCCUGCUCACCUUGGCAGCUCCUGCUCCCUGUGCUGUGCAGAGCCAUGGAUUCACAUCCCAGGGAGAGCACAUGGCAGUGCCAGCCUCCUGCACACUUCUCCUCCCUGCCCUGCAGGGCUUUCAGGAGGGAGUCUCCACAGCCGCAGACACAAACCGGAUGCUCGUCUGUGAGCAGGAUCAGCCCCUGCCAGGUGGAGCUGGAAUUGCUGGGGGGCUCUGAGCUGCUGCUGCAGCCCCUGCUGGGCUGUGGACCCUCCGUGUGCCCCAGGACAGUGUGUGCCCCGUGCCUGAGGAGCGGCAGGGGCUGUGGGGAACGGGGCUCCCGGCCCCCUCUGCACUGCCCGCGGUGGAACUCUCACCUGUGCUCACUGCUAAGUCAAAGUGUACGUCUGGGCCAGCCAGAGGGAGGGAGGAAGGAGGUUCUUGCUCAUGGAGUCAGCUGCAGAUUCCACGGAUACUUACGGCCCAGGCUCCUGGCACAGAAUCCUGCAGCCCCUGCUCCUGGCCCUGCUCCCAGCCCUGUUCCCAGCCCUGCUCCGGGCCCUGCACAGGUCUGAGCUCAUCCCCGGUCCCAGCAGCACCCAGCCUCCACAGCCCCCAGGGCUGCUCUGCAGUCCCAGAAGUGCUCCAGGUGUGUCUGUCUGUUCACUUGAAAACUGAAAAAAUAAUUUUUAAAAGAAUAAGAAGAGUGAGAAAAACCUCCAACUCCCAGCGCCCAGGGAGUGAUGGAUGUACAGAUAAUUCUGCACUAUUUUCCUCUGGUAUGCUGGGAAUGUUCUGUACAGCUGUUUCACACUAACCCAAUCUGUGAACUUUGCUGUAUUUGUUAGAACAUUCUGUCUGAUUGGAUUUUAUCAAUGUUGUGUAUUAUUUAUUUUUGUUGGGAGCAGAUUAUUCUCUUUAUUGCUCAAUUAUUUAUGUUUAGAUGUAACUUAUGAAUAAAUACUUACCAUCAAGGCAUCCCGUGGAGCUCUUUGGGAGCGAUUUCUCUCCCCCCCAAGGUGAUUCCAGCAAUGGAACGGGGAUGAGGCUGUCUGGGAGGAUAGGGCGAGAUAUAAUUAAUGUUUCUCUGAUGAACUGCAUGGGCUGUAAUGUUCAAGGCAAUAAAUAGGUCACCAUUAAGUAGACUCCUGAGGUCCCUUAAAUUACUGUAAGGGCAGCUUUCAUUUACCCACUGGCUGAGCCUGAGCCAGCCCCCAAACAGAAACAGGCUUAGGACAAGUGUUAAAGGGUUUUAAUCCUGAAAUUUUAGGCCUGAUUGUGCUGCAGCUGCAUUGAAUCCAGCUGAGCUGCUGGACUUCCAGGAGGCAUCCUCCUCCAUCACUCCCAGUCCUUGUUCAAACCC